GGAAUUCCCCUGGAGGUCACGCCUCUCUUUGUUACCAUGUGGCAUGGCUAGCCUUGUCAACUACUCUGACUCAGACUCUGCAGCAGCCUUAAGCGAUGAGGAAGCUGCCUCAUCGUCCAGGAAGCCCCCCUCCAGAGAGAGCAGCUCACCUCCUCCAGUCAAGAGACCUAGGAGAGAAGAGUUACCUGCCCUCUCAUUACCAUCCGCAAUACUGACCAUGUUCAGCAAUGAAGAAGAGGAGAGGAGUGAUGGAUACCAUGAGGGGAGAGUGCGAUCAUUCCCUCAUGUACGAGGCAACUGGUCCACUCAUGUCUUCAUUGCCAUGGAGAUGACUCAACAAGAGAUGGCCUGUGUCAACUGUCUACAGCAGAGCUUGCAGAAACAUUUGAGCACGGUUGAGUGGUUCCCUCUAGCAGACCGUCAUGUGAGUCUCUCCCGGACAGUCCCAAUACAGCAUCACUGGAUGGACCCACUCACACACUCUCUCAGGGAAAAGUUCAAACAAAGACGACCUUUUAGUGUAGGGUUUAAAAACCUUGCAUUCUAUGUGAAUGAGGAGAAAACAAGAUCGUUCAUUGGCUUGGAUCUGGUGUAUGGGCAAGAUCAGAUGCAGUCCCUGGUGGAUGAUGUGGACCAGUGCUUGGCAGCAUACAAGCUGCAGGAAUACUACACGGAUCCCUCGUUCCAUGUGUCCCUGUACUGGUGUCUGGGGGAUAUCACUAGCAGGGGAUCGGUACACAGUAGAGGCACAGCACUAGUGCAGGACGAGUGGACAAUGAUGUUGGAGGACAGUCAAGUCGAGGGCUCAGACAAGCUAACCUUUGAACUCUGUGUUGAGGAAGCUAGAUGUAAAACAGGUAAUAAACUAUAUUCAUUUCCAUUAUCAAAUUAGCAUUUUAAUUUUCAUUAUACAUUAUCGUACAGUAGAAAAAAAUGUGAUAAAAAAUGAAUGUUAUGAUGAAUGA